AUGGAAGGGAGUGAAGUCAAGGUAAGAGUGAUUCAAUAUUUUCUUCGAAACACUCCUGUAGGAGAACUCAAAGAAGUCCUAAACGACUUAAAAGUGAUCAUUGGAGAAGAAAUAUUAGAGCAGGAAACAAUUCAAGACACUCUUAUUGAAUGCUUAGCUUCUCAUGGCGCAACUGUUUCUAUUAAUGACAGCCAAGCCAUGCUCACUCUUCAAGGAAGAGCGGCAAAUCGUUUCACCGAUCCUAAGCUGUCAAAAAGCUUUAUUUUCAACACCCAUACUUUUGAAGCAGAAUCUGUUGAAGAAAUUGAGCCUCAAAACAGCAGAGCUCAAGCUAUCCAAUCCAAGCUUGACCAAUAUAUCAGUCAGCAUUUCUCAGAAACGGCCCAAGCCAGAGUUUUCAGCACAGAAGAAGGCUUUUCUAUCUUUUUGGCUUCUCCAGUCUUGAACUUAAGAAAUAUGUGAACUGGAGAGUGGAUCAGCAAUUGAAAAAUAUCUGGCACAAAGUUAGAAGGAGACAUCCAUAUAAGAGCUCACUAUUUUGAAGAAGGAAACUUGCAAUUGGACCAAAAGAAAGAAUUCAGCAAAAAUAUUGUAGGAGAUGACGACGAAGCUUUUUCCCAGGCUGUGUGUAGGGCUAUUUUUGAGUUUGAAGACCAAGUGCAUAGAGGGAUGCAUACUCUGUAUGAGCAGAUACCGCAAACCUGCUUUAAAUCUAUGAGAAGAGCACUCCCAGUCACCCAUACCAAGUUUUCAGAAAUCCAUCGCACCAAAAUGCUGUCUUAA